AUGGAGGCGGGACGCGGCAAGUGGGAGGGCUCCAGCAGGAAACUGGAGGGGCCGGCAGAAGUUACGUGGAGGAGCAUCCGCGACUGGGAGAGACUGCCGGCCAGUGGCGAGGGCCAGCUGGAGAGUGCCGCGGGGUGGGGCGCCGUGAGGGCGGCAUACGGGCGGCUUGGGGCGGCAUACGGGGGGGUGGCGGCCAGGCUGCGUUGGGGGCCGGGGUCUGCUGCUGGAGGCGGCGACACCGGCAGGGUGGCGGCCAGGCUGCGUCGGGGGCCGGGGUCUGCUGCUGGAGGCGGCGACACCGGCGGGGUGGCGGCCAGGCUGCGUCGGGGGCCGGGGUCUGCUGCUGGAGGCGGCGACACCGGCGGGGUGGCGGCCAGCCGGGGGUCUGCUGCUGGAAGCGGCGACACCGGCGAAGGGGCAGCCAGCCGGGGUCUGCUGCUGGAAGCGGCGACACCGGCGAAGGGGCAGCUGCCGGAAGAUCCGCUCGUAGCCGACCUCAUCGCCUUGGCCGGGUGGUCGGAGGAUAGCAGCAGGGUGGACUUGGCUGCUCACUCCGGAACAACGGGGUCACCAAUUGUAGCGAAGGUGAAGUGCUACUUGGCCGCCCGGAAGUCGCUCAAGCGAGAAGUUCAGGCUCCCAACUAUGUCUCUUGGUCAUAG